AGUAAGAGCGCUCUCUCUCUGUCUCUCUCUCUCUCUCUCUCUCUCUCUCUCUCUCUGAGGUUAGAUAAAGAGUGCAUUUCGAGGGAAUCUACAGAGCAGAUGAGCAGGAUGUGCAGAAUAUAAGACUGUAAUGACCCUGUUGAGAAGUCAACAUCGCAGCCUUCAGUGUAAGUUGCGCACUUGUGCUGUCUUUCUCAUUUAGACGAAAGCAUGACGGGAGUUUUGCGUCCCUCCAAACAGAGAGCCGGUAUGAAGCGACCUCGAAAUGAGCCUUACAGGGUUUUUGAUUAUCAACACGUUCCGACGUCUGUGACGAGCAUCCCGUGUGAUUUCGCAUCUUUUCGACGGACGUGUUCAUCGCCGUCUUCGUCUCCCGCAGCCCUGCGGCAAAGCAGAGGGAAACCUCAGAGCAGACACAAGUCCAGGAGCAGAGGAACCCAGCUGAGAAUGGAGGAGCUGAUGUGCAUUAAGAAAGAGCUGACAGUGAUUAAAUCACAGAUAGACGAGCUGCUGGACAGUCUGGAGCGGAUGGACCCUCAAAGCCAAGAGCUGUCUGGAGACGGUGUGGCGUUCUCUCCGCUCCAUGGCUCUGUGAGCAGUGCGGACGAUUCGUCUGGUAGCUCUCCUCCCCUGAGGACAGACAGAGACACACAGAGCCCACAGACGGCAGACAGCAGUGAUGAAGACAGACAGCAUGUUAAUUACUAUGAAUCGGAUUUGCUCUACAUGUAAAGACAGAUUUUAGAUUCCAAGUUUUUGGUAAAAGUCACAGGAUCUCUAAUGAUGACUUAAGAAAAGGACCAGAAAAUAAGAGGAAAGAUAUCUGGAUUGUUUCCAAAUAUCCUGUUGAAAUUGUCAUCAUGUAAGCGGAACAUGAAUCCGGUUUGAAUCCAGUUGUGGAGCAGCUGUCUAAACAGACCAAAACAAACUGAAAUAUGUGUCGUCAAACACUGCAGAUGAUUUUAUGAACACGCAAGCUGUUUUUUCCAUGAUUUCAGACAGUAAAUACUGAUACGACUCAAGAUCAGGAGAAAAUUUAACUAUACAACAGUGGUCAAACAGUGGGUUAUUAAAUGUCUGAUUCUAAUAAUGAUAUCUAGAUCCUGAGAUUAAAAACCGAGAUGUACAUGAACACUUAUUUUAACCCAAAUGUCAUUAAAAUUCACUAAAUGUUUAAUAAUUGCUACAUAAUUCAUUAUUUUGGAAUUGACACAACAACUACCAUCUACCUCUGUUGUUAACUAGACAUGGUUUUUGGUCAGUACAAGUGUAUGUAAAUAUCUCCCCAUCAUUUUCUCUGGCCAAUUUAGUUUUAGGCCUAGAUUUACUGUAUGAUCAGGAUAUGGCCGUACACUUACAAACCUUUUUUUUUUUUUUUUUUAAUAAAUAAGAUAUAAAGUAGUAAAGUGGACUUGUGUUGCAUGUUUGUGACUUUUUUGUAAUAUAUUACUGUGAUUAUGUAAAAUUUUAUGGAAUGCUACAUUUGUUUAUCACUUUGUUGCAUUGCGUUAUGAAUGCAUUCAC